AUGACUUUUCUGGAUUUUGACUACAGAGAAAGCGAAGGCCAGGCAUGGCGGAGGAUCCGCUGUGCGCUUGAUGAAGAUGCUGCCGCGAGCUGUGAAUGCCAGGGCUUCAAACUGUCUGCCUUGUGCCAACAGGCCUGGGCGAUUGUCCUGAGUCGGUAUAGCUCUUCUCACUGCGUGGCAUUCGCUAUCGGCAAUAACGACGCUGUCAACACCACAUUAUCCAGCGUUUGCGAAACAACAAUCGACCCAGAUAUAUCGGUUGUCGACCUUGUGACCAACAAAUUCAGUUCGACGACAUCGAGUCCCCUCGAGUCCUCGCCCGAUAAAUUGGGAUGCAAUACCGGAGUUGCAUUUAACAUAAGGGAGGAUGAUGAAACAUUGAACUUGAAGAUGCCAAAACUGCAUUUUGUUUUAUCUAUCUCCUCGUCGGGGCUCUGGUUGUUCCAUUCGUCGGGGAUUUCAUCAUGGCAUGCAAACAAUCUCGUUUGCUCCGUUGAAACUGCUAUCCAUGAAAUGAUCCAGAACCCGAGCCGAGCAGUGAAAGAUCUCGAUCUUCUGAGCGAAAGCGGCAAAUAUCAACUGCCUGAAUGGAAUAAACGCCCGCGGACAACUGAAGUCGUUCCUGUCGUAGACGCGAUCAAAAAGCAUGUUCUUCAGCAGCCAGCGCACCCAGCGAUUUGUGCAUGGGACGGCAACCUCACCUAUGCGGAGUUUGACAAUGUAACAAGUCGACUGGCACACUAUCUGCGGGGCCUUGGGAUUGGAGAGAACUCGUUGGUCCUUGUGGGCUUCGAGAAGACGGUGAAUGCGAUUAUUGCCGUGGUGUCCAUCCUCAAAGCGGGCGCAGCCUUCGUCCCCGUUAGUCCUCAUUAUCCCACAGCACGUAUGCAAAUCAUUGCGGAUAUGACACAGUCGCCACUGUCAAUGACCUCGCCACAAUUCACUGCUAUUUUUGAGCGUGUUCAUGUUCCAGCUCUGGAGUUGACUCAAUCGUUCAUCGCGGGUCUGCCAGAACUCGAUCAGCUGCAAGAAGAACUUCCUGCGACCGACCUGGAACGCUGCGCAUAUGUCAUGUUUACGUCUGGCAGUACCGGUCGCCCGAAAGGAGUUGUUCACACUCACCGAUCUCUGUCUGCGUUGGUAAAUCAAGCACCCGCCUUCGAGAUGUACCCGUCCAGCAGGGUUCUCCAAUUUGCCCCGUCCAUCUUCGCUGCCUCGUUGAUGGACAUGGUUUUACCCUUGAUCUUAGGAGCGACAAUGUGCAUCGCGUCGCAACAUGACCUGAUGAACGAUUUGGAGGCGGCUAUGAAUCGUUUCCAAGUAACAGUUACUAUCAUGACACCAUCAGCGAGCAAAGCCAUGGAUCCGGCUCAGGUCAAAGAACUGCGCGCAUUGUGCUUGGCUGGAGAGCCAAUAAGUGAGGCCGUAUUAACUAAGUGGACAGGGUCAGUCAAGCUUGUGUCAGGAUAUGGGCUGUCUGAAAUAGCUGGUGGCGCAUGCACUACAGAACUCCAAGUGUCAAAGCACUCUCAAAAUAUAGGGAUUUCCCCUUCUGGUCGCAUAUGGCUCGCAGACCCUCUUAACCUACAGAUCCCCGCUCCUGUUGGUUCGAUCGGAGAGAUAUUAUUUGACGGAGAGAAUGUGAGUCAAGGAUAUUUGAAUGACCCAGAAAAGACGGCCGCCAUGUAUAUUGAACCUCCAGGAUGGGUUCUUCAUUCCUCCCCCGAUCCGGUUCCUCGCCUAAUGCUGAGAACUGGGGACCUUGCGAGGUAUGUGGAAGAUGGCUCUAUUGUGUACAUUGGCCGCAAAGAUAUGCAAGUGAAAAUCCGCGGGAAAAGAGUCGAACUUGGCGAGGUUGAAAGCACUAUUCGUCCGCAUCUGGCACCCGACGAGACAGUAAUUACUGAGGCCAUCUCUCCAUCAGACAUGGAAGGGACGACCAUCUUGAUCUGUUUCAUCUACGCAGCUUCCAAUGCAGGAGAUCAGCUCACCUCAUGUUCUCCAUUCGUGCCACCUACUCGGUCCUUCCAGACGGAAACAGCGAGGCUUGAUGUCCUAGUUCGCGCAACACUGCCUGAUUUCAUGGUGCCGAGCAUUUACAUACCACUGGCCCGAAUCCCGAAGACUCCAUCCGGUAAAACCGAUCGUCUAGCAUUGAAGAAGCAUGCCGCGGGAAUGACCUGGCAAGAGCUGGAAGUCUAUGUUCACGCCAAUGACGAGCCACGUGUUCAGCCGCAAACCGAUAUCCAGAGGUUGUUGCACACAUUGUUCUGUGAGGUUCUCAACCGCUAUCCUGAUGAUCUUGGGAUCAAUGAACCAUUUAUCAAACUUGGGGGUGACUCAAUACAGGCUAUUCGGCUGGUCCAGAUGUGUCGAAGCGCUGGCAUCUCUUUGACUGUUCAGGAUAUUUUGGACCACGGCACUAUUGCCGAACUGGCCGAACUGGUAAAACAGGCGCCAGAGCAAGCUCCUUGGAAAUCAAUAAGUGAGGAUAUUCCUACUUCUGCUGUUUUCGAGCAAGUGAACAAUCUCGGGUUUCCGGUGGACGAGGUGGAAGCAAUUCACCUAUGCUCCCCAAUGCAGGAGGGAAUACUGAUGAGUCAACUAAAAAGCCCCGAUCAGCAUACACUGAGGGUUCUCUAUGAGGCCCAGUUAGCCAAAAGCGGUGCCACGGUUGAUCAUGAGCGAUUUAAAAGUGCAUGGAGGCAAUUGACCCAACGUCACCCGAUGCUUCGAUCCAUAUUCGUGACAAAUGUAAAGCCUCAAGUCUUCGCGGCACAGGUUCAGCUAAGGAAUGAAGCCCCUCCUCAGAUCUACAGGUUAGAGGAAAGAUUGGAGUCCCCGAGUGUUGUCAAGCAGCACCAGAACACUCAACUCUCUAGUUCACUGCUACCACAGCUUUCCAUUCACAUUGCAUCCAAUGGCCGAGUAUUCGUUGAGAUUGAACUCACCCAUGCAGUGACAGACGGUCUGUCAAUGUCAAUUAUUGUUAGGGAUUUUUGCGCUUUGUACAAUGAGAAACAGCUAUCGCCUUUGAAUUUCAAUUAUGCGGACUACACGAACUACAAAAGGCAGACAGUUCAUGAUAGUGCUCUAUCCUACUGGAAAGAAUACCUUGGUGGCAUGGACUCCUGCCAGUUUCCGACAGAAAGUUCAGACGGACCCCCGUCCAAGCCAAUUGAAAAUCGUCACAGUCAUGAGUUCAGGAGUGUUAUGGUUGAUAUCGGCUCAGCGGCAACCUACCACACAUUCACCCGUGCCACGGGAACCACGUUAGCAAACGUUAUCAAGCUCGCAUGGUGCCUUGUUCUGCGCACGGUGACCCGUACGGAUGAUGUUUGUUUUGGUUAUCUGAUUUCCGGUCGCGAUGCACCCAUAGAUGGGGUAAUGGAUGCUGUUGGACCUUUGAUUGAUUUGAUGAUCUGCAGACAGCGAUUUGAACCUACCUCCACUGUUUCCGAUAUCUUGUCCUCUAUCCAAUCGGACUUUGGGACUGGGUUGACACACAGGGGAGCUUCAUUUGCCGAUAUCCGACGAGCGUUGAACUUUGACAGAGAUGAGAUAAUGUUCAACACUUGCAUUACUCAAUACCCACUCUUCACCAAUGCCCACGGGGAUGAAUACGACAUGGCACUUUCUGAAGUCUCGAGACAUGAUCCGAAUGAGUUUGACCUCGGCUUAGAGGUUAUGGUAUCUGAAGACGACAUCUCGACGAGACUCAAAGCAUACACCUCCGUCGUUCCAACUGCACAAAUGAAGAGGAUCGGUGCUCUGUUCGGCCACAUUAUGAAGGCAAUUGUGACGGGUUUUGAUCGUAGCAUUGAUGACCUUGAGCUUAUUUCUGAGGACGACCGCUCGAUGAUCAAACAUUUGAAUAAGAGUGUCCCACAUUCUGUUGAUCAAUGUGCCCAUGAGAUUAUCCAAGCACAAUGCCAGGCUCAACCCUCUGCACCAGCAGUGGAUGCCUGGGACGGAAAAUGGACCUACAAGGAACUUGAUGAAUUAUCUACCACUAUUUCACAGUAUCUUACGUUAGAAGGUGUGACUUCGGAAACUUUCGUGCCAGUCUUCAUGGACAAAAGUCGUUGGGUACCAAUUUCUUUACUAGCUAUUCUCAAAGCUGGGGCAGCUUUUGUUCUUCUUGAACCGUCUCAGCCCGUGCAGAGAUUGCAAGAGAUCUGCAAUGAUCUAGGGUCGACUGUGAUAAUAUCGACGCAGACAUACCGGCAGACUGCGAAUUCUCUUGUUUCUAAUGUUGUUCUGCUUGACAAUCAGUCACCUAUUCCUUCAGCCAAUAGGCUGGAUGGGGAGCACACUGUGACGGUCGGCCCAAGAAACAUGGCAUAUGCAGUCUUCACGUCAGGAUCCACUGGCAAGCCCAAGGGUGUGAUGAUUGAACACCGCUCCCUAUGUACCACUGGGGCCUCAAUGAGACGUCAUUCUCCCAUGAACAGCGACAUGAGGAUGUUUCAGUACGCAUCGUUUGCGUUUGAUGUCAGCGUAUUGGAUCUGAUUGUCUGCUUUAUGGCAGGAGGGUGUCUUUGCAUACCCUCGUUUGAGGGUCGGCAAAAUCGUCUUUUGGAAAGUCUCAACGAAUUAAAGGCUAAUUAUGUUGCUUUGACACCCACCGUCACACGAACUUUGCAGCCAGAGAGGCUUACGUCUUUGAAGACCCUCAAAGUGAGCGGAGAGGCACUGAGUGCCUUCGAUAUCCAGCGAUGGGGUGCCGUACCCGGCAUCCAAUUUAUCAACAUGUAUGGACCAGCCGAGUGCACAAUCAAUGUAACAGUGCAGGCUCCUGUCACCUUAGGGUCUCUACCACAUGCCAUUGGGUAUUCUAUGUCCAACUCCACCGCAUGGGUAGUCGAGCCGAAGGAUCAUGAAAGGCUUUGCCCUGUAGGUGUUGUGGGAGAGUUGGUCAUCCAAGGCCCAGUGGUAGCGCGCGGGUACCUGAACCGUCCAGACCAGACAGCAGCAGCUUUUAUUCCACCUCCUCGCUGGCUAUCCCAGUUUAUGCAAGUAGCAUCGGAAGAAAAGCUAUACAAGACUGGGGAUCUUGUCCAGUACGCUACUGAUGGCACACUAUUGUACAAGGGGCGUAAAGACAGCCAGGUCAAGCUCCGUGGCCAGCGACUCGAAUUGGGCGAAGUCGAGGAGCAUCUUCGCCGUGUCUUUCCCAAUGCCACCGAAGUUAUUGCCGAGGUAGCCUCGUUGAAUCAAGGAAGAACAAAGGCAUUGGCUGCAUUUAUAUACCAGACAAACUGGGAUCAUGGUUUAUCUGCUUCUCCUCGAGAUGAUGAACCUAGUCAACAGCUGCUUCAUCCCCCCUGUGACGCCUUUUCUAGCGCAGUUUCCCAGGCCAAACUUGACUUGGCUGCUUCACUCCCUAGUUAUAUGGAGCCCUCUAUUUACUUACCACUGGCCCGAAUCCCUCAAACACGGAGUGGAAAGACCGACCGAGGCCAGCUGCGUAAGGUUCUCAGCACAGGUUUGCACGAGCAAUGGGCAGGCAGUUUCCAGGCAAGAGCGGCUCGAAAAGAUCCCAGCAACGAAGCAGAGUCUAUUUUGUGCCGUGGUGUGGCUAUCACCCUUGCUUUGGAGGAGCAAGACGUCAGCAUGGAUGAUAAUUUCUUCCGCCGAGGAGGCGACUCCGUCGCAGCAAUGAUGCUGGUGAGCCUGCUGCGGGAGCAGAAUUAUCAUAUCACAGUUGCGGAUAUUUUCCAGCAUCCUCGCCUGGACUCAAUGGCGCAAGUGAUGCAUUGCGAUCUCCCCCUGGGCGUUUCCGAUAUCCCGAAACCCUUCGCCCUGCUCGGUGACAACCCUGAAUCACGCCAGGUAGUCAUUCAGCAGGCCAUGGAGCAAUGUGUCGUUCCACAAGACGAAGUCGAAGAUAUUUACCCCUGCUCUCCCCUUCAACAUGCAUUUUUCCUCUUCAGCGCCCGUAAGAAAGGUACUCUCGUCGCUCAGUUUGCGUAUAAUCUGCGAUCGACAAUCGAUCUUGAGUUGCUGCGGAAGGCCUGGCACACGACCACACUCGCGCAUCCUCAGCUUCGUACUCGCAUCAUCAGCGUUGAUGGAAAAGAUGAGAUGCACCAGGUGGUCCUUCGCGAAGGAGUUGAUAUUGAAUUUUAUGAGCCACCAACUGAAGAUGUAUCUGAUUUUAUGCCCGAUCUUCCAAUCGACGUUGCAACUGGAAAGCCCUUGCUCCGAAUUGCUUUUGUGCGCCGUCCAUCAAGUGAUCAGCACAGGCUUGUGAUAAGCCUCCAGCACUCCAUGUAUGACGGGUGGUCACUGGCUGUGUUGAUGCAAGAGCUUGAGCGGGCUUACUCUGGAGCUGCUCUGGAACAUCUACCCACCUCGUCAUUCAUCAGGCACAUUAAUCAAACAAAGGGUGCAGCCAAGCAGUUCUGGACUGAAGAGCUCAAGAAUCUCCGAGCUCCUAACUUCCCACCAGUUCCUUCGUCCAACUACACACCCCAUCCAAGUGCCACUUUAGUUCGGAAGGUCCCCAUCCCUCAACGUGCCACUGGUCAAAUUACUCUGUCCACGAAAGUCCGCUGGGCAUGGGCCCAAGUUCUCUCACUUUACACUGGCAGUUCAGAGGUAGCUUUCGGUCUUGGUACGGCUGGAAGGGGUACGCCAGUUGCCGGGAUCGAAAGGAUGAUGACGCCUACAUUAGGCAUCUUCCCCUAUCGUCUCUACAUCGAUCCAGAGGUGACUGUGAUAGAAGCUCUUCGCAAAGCACAGCAGAACUACGUCAAGAUCUUGCCUCAUGAGCACUACGGAAACCCAAAUAUCUCGAGAUUGGCGACCGGUCCAACUUCUGCGGUCGCACUCCAAACGCUUCUGAUCGUCCAGCCCCAACCGCCAGAGCAGCCGUCUUCGCUAUACUCCGAGCAAGAGCUGCUUCCUCAAACGGGUGCCUUCCAUGUUCGCGCGCUGUCACUUCACUGCUAUCUCCAAAAGAGCUCAGUUGAGGUUUUCGCUUGUUAUGAUGAACAGGUACUUCCAGAGCAAGAAAUGCUCCGCGCUAUCUCCUUGUUUGAUACCAUCUUCCAACAGAUCUGCGGUGAGCCCGAGAUGCUUGUACAGGAUUUGAAGGGUCUGCCUGCUUAA